UGCAUGAUAUAAAUAGGGCUCGCCAAAGCUUCCAAUUUUGCAAACCAAGAAAACAGAGGAAGGAAAAGAAUACAACGAGCGAAACAGAGCACUUAAUCUCACCCAUCUCCAAUUCCUAUGGAACCCUCAUUUUUCAACUUCCAAAACUCCGGCUUCUCCUCCUCGGAAUCCUCAGACUUCGGAUCCCCGGACCAAUUCUCCAGCCAAUCCUCCGACCAAACCCCGCCGCCGCUACCCUUCAACGAAAACGACUCGGAUGAAAUGCUCCUUUUUGGCCUCAUCUCCGCCGCAGCCAGCUGCUGCAGCAGCAGAGCCACGGAGGCAAUGAUCAAAGAAGAGGAAGUCAGCUCAGCCGCCUGCGAGACAUCACCGCCCCCGCCGCCGAAGAAAGAGAAGCCAUUCCGCGGGGUGAGGCGGCGGCCGUGGGGGAAAUUCGCGGCGGAGAUAAGGGAUUCGACUCGACAUGGAGUCAGGGUGUGGCUGGGGACAUUCGACAGCGCGGAGGCUGCGGCGCUGGCGUAUGACCAGGCGGCAUUUUCGAUGCGGGGGGCCGGGGCGAUACUCAAUUUCCCGGUGGAAAAGGUGGCGGAGUCGCUGGAGGACAUCGAUUGCAACCUCCGGACGGCGGUGGCGGAGGAAGGGUGCUCGCCGGUGAUUGCCCUGAAGAGAAAGCAUUUGUUGCGGCGGAAAAUGAUCGGGAAAGGGAAGAAAGAUAGAGCUCAACGUCAUUUGAAUAUGGUGGUGUUGGAGGAUUUGGGCGCUGAUUACUUGGAGGAAUUGUUGACGACUACUUCCGAUUAUAAGGCCACCAUUAAUCCUAAUUGGUGGUAAAGGAAAUGUUUGAAAGAGAGUUCAGAGUAAACAGAGUAGCUCUGUUUUUGUGGGUUCUUAGUGAGUCAUUCAGUCCUCUGUUUCGAUCUUUGUUGCAACUUUUGGCUAUUGUAAUGGCUUUACCCUUUUGUCCCUUUCUCUCUUUCACCCUUCUUGUAAAGUUGGACAGAAUUGAGGGUCGUAUUUUGUAACAUAUAUGAACCAAUCAAUGGGGACUCAGUUU